CAAAAGCAGAAGCAGUCUUGCUUCGCAUUUUCGCUGCAAAAGCCACAAGCUUAACAGACCAAGCCCACCCAGCAUCAGCACUGCUUACAAUUAAGCCUUAGCAACCCAAGACAAUGGACACAGCUUCUAUAAUAUGUUCUGUACAACAUGAAAAUCCAUCUACGCUUUCAGCAAUUGCUUUCUAUUGCUGAUGUCUACAAACACUGAACCAGAAGGACAGCCGAGGAUUGCGGAACUGCAUCAUUUGACUAGAUAAACUGACAAAGUGCUCUCCAGCGUGGCUAUUGUGAUCAGCAACUGUCAUCAGAAGUGCUUUUGUUAAGGCUGUUCCAUGCAAUCAGCAGGCAGAUGGGCGGACAAAAGUAAAAAUUAAGUGCCUGCCGAAUUACUCCACGUAUGCGCAUGUUCAGCGGCAUCCUCUUGCUAUAAUGGUUAGCCAUAAGCAUGCUUGCAGCGGACAUAUGCAUCUCUACCCAUAAAGGACCUGAUAAAGGAAGUCACGGUUCCAACACAGUUAAGUUCAGCAAUAGCACUAUUAAUCACAAAGAAGAAACUUCCGGAGAAGGAUUGACCUAAAAGCUUUCCUCUGUGGAAUACUGAAAACAGAGACUCCAUAAACUUGGAUGUCAAACACAAGCAACUUUUAUCUAAAUAGACAUGCUGUUUCAAUGGAGCUUCUAAUUUACAUAAAGAUGAAUUAUUUAUUAACCGAUCUCAUUUUGAUGAGCUGAUAAAAGGGGAAAAGGUCUACAAUAGGCCAAUUACUAAUUGCCCCACAUUGUUUCUGAAGAAAAGGACACGAAUAUAUAGCAAAAUCAGAAUCCUAGAGCACUUUAACAAUGAAGAGUCUUCUAUAACAUGCUAAGAAAUAAAAAUACAGACAGUGUAAACACAAUUUAAGUACUGGGCACUCCAAAGGGCCUGCUACAAUAUGCUUCAGUGGAGAAGACGCUACUGCUGCUUAAUGAAGAUAACUUGGAAUGUUAAACGUUCUCUGUUUCGGACUCAUAUUAUUGCACUUUUAUGCCUUGUGUUUUUGCUUGCAUUAUUUCUGUUGAUUAAUCAACAUGACUGGGUAACUAGCAAAACAUGGUCAAAAGAAUCUGGUUAUUCUGUUUCUCAUACAAUGAGAGGAUUCAGAUCGCCAAAAAGUACUGCCAACCAGAGCACAAUGAGGAGUAUUUGGAAAGAACCAUCUCAAGUACAGAGGAUACAUUCAGCAAACGCUAGCACUGAACUUUCUCUUCCAGAUAUUAAUGGAUUAGGGGAUAUACUGAAUGCUAAUGGAACCACAUACAGUGAAAAGAGAACAGGGUAUAAUCCCCAUCACCAUUACAAGUAUAUUAUCAAUGAACCAAACAAAUGCGAAGGGCAAAGCCCAUUCUUAAUUGUGUUGAUUGCAACUGAACCUAACCAAAUUGAAGCAAGACAUGCAAUUAGGCAAACUUGGGGAAAUGAAAGCAAUGUUCCUGGAUUACGUAUGAUACAUCUGUUCCUCCUAGGUUUAAGAAUGGCUGGUGGCACCUUCCAACAAGCUUUAUAUGAAGAAAGUAGACAGUUCCAUGAUAUUAUUCAACAAGACUUCCUGGAUACAUAUUAUAAUCUAACUAUUAAAACUCUGAUGGGAAUGAACUGGGUUGCAACAUAUUGUCCGCAUGCCUGGUAUGUCAUGAAGACUGACAGUGACAUGUUUGUGAACACAGAGUACUUAAUGAACAAACUCCUGAAGCCUUUGCAUCCACCACGUCACAAUUAUUUCACUGGAUAUCUGAUGCGUGGUUAUUCACCAAAUCGGAACAAGGAUAGCAAGUGGUAUAUGCCUCCAGAACUCUAUCCAAGCGAGCGUUAUCCAGUCUUUUGUUCAGGAACUGGUUAUGUUUUCUCUGGGGACUUAGCUGAAAAGAUUUACAAAGUUUCUCUGAGCAUCAGGCGUUUGCAUUUAGAGGACGUCUAUGUGGGCAUCUGUCUUGCCAAACUGAGAAUUGACCCUGUGCCACCACCCAAUGAAUUCCUUUUCAAUCACUGGCGUGUUUCUUACUCCAGCUGUAAAUAUAGUCAUCUAAUUACCUCCCAUCAGUUCCAACCCAAUGAAUUAAUCAAGUACUGGAACCACUUGCAGCAAAACAAGCACAAUGCCUGUGCCAGUAUGGCAAAAGAAAAAGGCCACAGAGGACAUGGUAGGUAUCGCACAAAGAAAAUGCACUGAUGGAUAAUCUAAAUCCAAGAUUCCUAAUCUUCACUGUAAUGUAAAUUAAUUAUCCAAGCAUGUAUAAAACAACAUCUGAAGCCAAUGCAAUGUUCUGAUGCUGUUAAAACAUUCAAAAUUUGUAUUUUAAUUACUAUCAUUUAAAGGUCAACCUCAAAAAGUUGUGUUCAUACAAUGGAAAGUCAAUGUUGUGGUUUAUCUGCUUUUGAAGCUUUUGAAAUGCUUUUAAGGCAAAUAUUAUUUUAGGCAAUGCACAGCAAUGAUCUGCACUGAACUAUGAAAAAUACCCAAACUACGAGAUGGUUCCAAAUUGUUCUUCACUGUGUAAGUUUGAUCUAUUAAUGUAAGCUAGUUAAGGAAAUUUGUUAGCAGUGUAAAAUAUUAUGAAACCAUAUUUUCAAGAACCAAGUCUGCAAACUUCAAAGAUAUUGUGCCUUUAACUGAAAAGGGACCUGCAAAAUUAUUUACCCUGUCCACUUGGGCUAUGAAAUACAAGUAAAAAAUGAUAACAGAACUGAAGUGAUUAAGAAUGGAACAGAUCGAUUCUGUUACGACCAAUCUUUUCCCUUAGAUUGUUAAAGGAAAGCACCCAAAUUGAAAGGGAGAAACAGUUAACUUGAAUACAAAAAUUUUUCUUUUAUAUCGUCUGAUAAAAACAGGUUCACUGAUAUUUUUGUUAAGAAAGUGGGAAGCAUAUAUUAUUUAUCUGAAUUAUUCACUACUGUAGAGUGUUUUAUCGCACAAUUAUUCCAGGAAAUUAAAAUUACAGAUUAUUUCUGAGCUCUAUUGCAAUUUUUAGAUUUCAGAAAUUAAUGUAUACUCCUACUUUAAAACUUGUCUACUUAUUGAAACAAUAGCUAACAACCAAUCCCACUUUGUGUUGUGCAAUAUUUCCUUUUGUUUAACCAUGAAUUUUGUGAAGGUGCCAAUAAAAAUUAUUAUUUUGACUUUAAUUUAAAAGAUAAAUUUGUUCCUAACUUGCUGACAACUAUGGUGUUUGUUUCCUUUUUGUAUUGGUGGAUCGACUGUACAUUAUUAUGCUUUCUGCUGUAACUUAUCAAAAUCAUUCUCAAAUUCCAAAAGGUUUAAAUUUAAGACUUGGAGAUCAUUCUCAUCACUAUUGAAAAAAAAACUUGUGUUUGAUGGACAUUAUUAAAAUAAUUCUGCAAUUCAACUUAAAUUCUUCUGUGUCAUAGAGUGAAAAUGUAUGAAGAAUUCUAUUUAAAUCCUUAACUAAAGAUUGUA